AUGGUCGACGGGAGAUGUGCACUGUAUUUUAGAGAGAUUGAAGGGGAGUGGCAGUCAGAAUGGUUCAUGCUGGGUGAAGAUGGUGGCGGUGAGGCUGGAGAACCACCCAUGGACGAUUGCAUUCAAAUCCACAGUGUCCGUCGCGCUCGUCCACGCCCCGAGCUGGACUGGCGUGUCCUCCACUUUUAUCCUCCCCUGCGACUCUCGUUUCUGCCCCCAAGCAAAGUGCAUCUGCAUCUGCAUCCAUCUGCAUCCAACCGGGACCCAAGCAAGACCAGACCAGCCCCAGCAGCCCCAGCCCCAGCUAAGGUCAAGCUCAAGCUCAUCCACGGCCAUCCAAGCUCUUCCCAACGCGACUUGGAACUCUGCAUCUUCCUCCAGACUGCCAGACUACCAGACUACCAGACUUUUGCCUACAAAGUGCAAGUCGUGCCUACCAGACCCAAAAGAGGCCUUUACCCGCCAUCAUCACAUCGCUCUGCAGUUGCAUCGCAUCGCAUCGCAUCGCAUCGCAUCAUCGACCGUCACUGUCACCUCCCCUUCGCUCUGCUGCUGCUGCUGCUGCUGCUGCACUCCUACCUUGGCCCAUCACAUCUGCAGCCAAACGAGAAGAGAAGGACGAACAGCAAGAGGAACACUCUUCCCACGAGUAAGAAGCGUCCUUGCCGCGAAAAAGACCAGAUCGAGCAUAUUCAGAUUCAGGAUCAAAUUCAGGUUCGCGUCUCGGAGAGCAGAACCGAUAUCAUUCGUUGCCUAUCUAUCCAAUCCCAAUCUGCGGGCCCUGUCGAGAUCUUCACUUCACGCCCCGCCGCGCACCCGCAAACUCGCCAGUCUCGAUUCUCCUCAGUCUCACCUUUUCACUCGUUCACUCCUCCUCCCACUCUCUCGCGCAUCUCCUCCCCACGCCCACGUUUCCACCCAACGCCAAAAACUCCCAUCUCCCAAUCCCAAUUCAUUCCCUCACGUUCUUUUCUCUCCAAUCCGAACCCUCGUCGCUCUUCCUCCUCCGUAGGACCAACUACGACGACGCUCUUUAACUCUUUCGACCUCCUCCGCCGACAAACAUUCCUCUUUCCUCCAUUCCUUGGAAUCCGAUCGACUUUCAUCCACCCGUCGUGCAACGAGUGAAUGACUGAGCCAUCCGGGUCGGACUUUUGGCAACCUGACGGGAACUAGUUGAAAGGCAACUACCGCGCCGAACAGGAAGAAAAACGAAAGUCGAACACAACCUGAACUUCAUCCGCGCGCACGAUUGCAUUUCCCUGCCACUCGACUUUUUCCCCAAACAACAGAGGCGCAAGAGCUGGACUGUCCUUACACUGAAUUUCAAUUGAGCAGCAUUCCGAUCAUUCUUGCACAUAAUAAUCCGUCGUCGACACGUCGCAAUUGAGAGAGCAGAACCAGUCGACUCGAACCACGAACACCCAGUUCUCCCGCCGGCAGAUCUCCAUGCAGGAACUCUAAGAAUUGCGGUCCACCAGAUAAUCCGAUUUGCUUCCGAUAUCCUCGAUCGAUCGCUCUUACAAGAGACGCGCCGUCAUUCAAUUCACUUCUUGCUCAUUCAAUCUCGCGGCUC